UGCACAUGCAUAGAGAGAGAAAGCUAAAGGACAUCUGCAUAUUCACUGACUGACUGACUGACUGCACAACCACAACAGUCACCAGCUUGACACACUCUCCUAGGUGGAUUCUCUGAUUUACUUUUCCUGCUUUACGUGUUUUUAAAACACUUUCAUUUGGAUAUACUGACAGAUCUGUUCACAAAACCUUAUUUUGAUAUUAAGCUGCUGUCUGUCUGUCCACCCAUCCGUCCGUUGGUCCCCCUGGUCAAGGAUGAGGUACCUGGCCCUCGGGCUCUUUUGCCUGCUCUGCUGCGAUGCAGUCCGAGUGGACCACAGACACAGACGCCGUCCCAGACCAUCCGUCCUGUCCAGAGGACGCAAUGACUCGGCUGUCCAGUCCAACUCAGUGGAGAGCCUGUGUAAAGGGAAGCCCCUGGAUUUUGUGUUCAUCAUCGACAGCUCCCGCAGCGUGCGUCCCAGUGACUAUGAGAAGGUCAAGACCUUCAUCACCAACAUCCUGGCCUUCCUGGACGUGGGGCCGGAGGCGACGCGCGUCGGGCUGCUGCAGUAUGGCAGCGUGGUGCAGAACGAGUUCUCCCUCAACACCUACAGCAGCAAGGCAGAUGUGGAGCGGGCGGUGAAGGCCAUGGACCACCUGGCCACCGGCACCAUGACCGGCCUGGCUAUCCAGUACACCAUGGAGACAGCCUUCACCGAGCCAGAGGGAGCCCGGCCCGCCGACAUGCACAUCCCCCGCAUCGCCAUGAUCGUAACGGACGGGCGUCCCCAGGACACGGUGGAGGAGGUGUCGGCACAGGCCCGGCAGGCAGGCAUCCAGAUCUUCGCCAUCGGAGUGGGCAGGGUGGAUAUGAACACGCUGCGGGCCAUCGGGAGUGAGCCCCACUCUGAGCAUGUGUACCUGGUGGGCAACUUCAGCCAGAUAGAGACCCUCACCUCCGUCUUCCAGUCCAAUCUGUGUGGAGGUACAGACCUGUGCUCUGUGGUGGACCAUCGGUGUGAUCACCUCUGUGUGAGCACCCCAGCCUCCUACAUGUGCCGGUGCAGAAAGGGUUACACCCUUAACUCUGAUGGCAAGUCCUGCCGCUCGGAAGACCCGUGUGCUGUGGUGGACCAUGGCUGUGCCCACAUCUGCGCCAAAGUGCCAGGGGUACUCGGCUACGAGUGUCGCUGCCGGCUUGGGUAUGAACUCAACGAGGACGCGAGGACGUGCCGAAGAAUAGAUUACUGUGACCUGGGGAACCAUGGCUGUCAGCAUGACUGUGUCAGCACUCCUGAGUCCUACAUCUGUAGAUGCACGAGGGGCUAUGUUCUCAACCUCGAUGGCAAGACCUGCAGCAAGAUUGACCACUGUGCUCUUGGCGACCACGGGUGUGAACAUGAGUGUGUCAACACUGAAGAUUCAUUUUUCUGUAAAUGCCGAGAAGGCUACAUACUCAGACCUGAUAAUACAACCUGCAAGAAGCUUGACCCAUGUUCCCUUGGUAACCAUGGGUGUGAGCAUGACUGUGUGAACACUGAAGAUUCAUUUGUGUGUAGAUGUCGAGAAGGCUACACACUCAGACCUGAUAACAGAACCUGCAAGAAGGCAGAGUGUGGAGAUGGAGUGAUGGAUCUGGUAUUUGUGAUUGACGGCUCUAAGAGCCUGGGGCCGGCCAACUUUGAGCUGGUCAAGCAGUUUGUGAAUGGCAUCGUGGACUCUCUGGAUGUGUCCGGCAUCGGCACCCACGUGGGGCUGCUGCAGUACUCCACUAAGGUCCGCACAGAGUUCACCCUGGGUCAGUAUACCUCAGGCCAGGACAUCAACAGGGCCGUGUCGCGGAUGCAGUACAUGGGCAGAGGAUCCAUGACGGGCGCUGCCCUGCGUCACAUGUUUGAGUACAGCUUCUCUGCCAAGGAGGGGGCCCGGCCCGACAUGCCAUGGGUCAGCAUCGUGUUCACCGACGGACGAUCACAGGAUGAUGUGUCAAAAUGGGCCGCUAAAGCAAAGGAUGCUGGUAUCAAUAUAUAUGCAAUUGGUGUUGGUAAAGCCAUCGAAGAGGAGCUCAGAGAAAUUGCUUCCGAGCCAGAUGAUAAGCAUUUGUACUAUGCUGAAGAUUUUAGCCACAUGGGAGAAAUUGCAGACAAAUUGAAGACACGGAUAUGUAAAGAGAAACCCUCCCCUGAAGAGAUGUGUAAGUGUGACAACGUGAUGCUCUUCCAGAGGCAGGUCAACGAACAGCUUAGAAGACUGACCCAGCAUAUUGAGGUUGUGUCAAAAAGGAUGGAGACCCUUGAGAGUCAGCUUGGACACAAAUGAAGGAAGGACAAAUAAAUGUUUUCAUCUGUUCGUCCUCAACGGAUUCUUCUCAACUGGUCUGCGAUGCAAGAGCAUUACUAAACUUCAAGGGAUAACUUUUAGGGGAUAAGGGAUAAGCUAUUUCAACAAGCUACACUGAAACAUAAUAUGCUAUAUUUUCUACUGUAACUGCUAUUUAUAUUCUGAACAACACUAUGCAUUUAUGCAUGUGGUUGUGGACUGGAGUAAGUGAAGCCAAAAUUACUGUAUAUCUUUGCUACCUUCAGGUAUCAAAAUUUGUUUAUUUUUCAAACGUAAAAUGUUAUUUGGCAGAUAACUGCAAUGUAUAGAUCCAAAUAUAACUGGUAUAAGAUACAAUACAACAUUUUAUAAUGACAAAUUAAAGUAAAAUCACUUUGUAUUAAAAAAAUAAUGCUAUCUAUUGCUGUUGAAUGUGAAUAAAAUCACAGUUGAUCUUGCUUGCAUUGUACUUUGUGGAACACUAAAAUGUGUCACAACAUUCUCAAAGAUCGGAAGAUCAGAUCAUCUGUCAGAUUUGGAUUGAACCCGACAAGAUUUUUGUAUAAAAUAUUAGAAACAAACAUAGUGGUCUUACUGCUGCAAUUUUCAAAUCCCCCAUUAGAGAAAAUACAGUUGUUUCUUCCUCCAAAGCCCCUGAAGAUAGAUGAGAUUAUGCUAAUGAUCAAAUGGAGCAAGACUGAGCCAAACAAUAGCACACACACAGAGAUACUGAGGAGAAUAACAAGAAGAGGAUUCUCUAUCCAGCCCACUACAGUGGGGAGUUCUCUUUCUCCAGUUAAUAGGCUAGGUCAUACAGACCUAUAUAUACAUGAAUCAAGAGGCCUCAAUACCACACCACUCUCUACCAACUACAGUAGAUGCCCCACUACUUUCUCUGUCUGAUAACUAUUUGCAGGCCUGAGGAAGAAUUCUCCAUCUGUCCUGCUGUUGCAAUAAAUGUACAAUGCCACUGGUGUGUUCUUUUUCAACCAAGGCAGGAGAUUCAUGACAUUCCAAUGCAUGUGAAUUCUGGAUAAUCUAACAAUGAAACCUUCUGUGUUCAUCCUGCUGCAUAGAUCUCGGUUAGUCAGCCGCUCCUUCUCCCUCCCUGAUAGAUCCAGCUUCACUAUGGCGUGAACCUGGCUGGCAGGUCUCUGGUCCCUGAAGAACAGACCGCCGUGGCUACGUCCCAAAUGGCACCAUAUUCUCUACAUAGUGGGCCCUGGUCAAAGGUAGUGCACUAAAUCGGGAAUAUGGUGGCAUUUUGGACGCAACCCCGCCAGGGCCUUUUGUCUUCCCCUCCCGUCCCUUUACAAAGGUCAUGUGUUUCCUGGCCAAACACCAGGCUUUGGUGUUGCAUACAGAUACACUGUGAUCAGAAUAUCAAACCAGUGUAUGAGAUGAAUUCAGAGAGGGUUGGUGCUCACUAAGAACCUGUCUGUUGAAGUAGGUACGAUACACUGCAUCAAGUGGACCUGUGCAGGGCAGGAGCAGUGGGUGCAUGGUAUUAGCGAGUGGUGAGGUACACUACAUGACUAAAAGUAUGUGGACACUUGCUCGUCGAAAACAUCUCAUUCCAA